UUGAAACAAAAAUAUAAUAUCAAAAAUCUAAAACGAAAAUCUAAAAUCUAUAAACUAAAAUCUAAAUCCAAAAACUGAAUCGAAAUACAGCAUCCAUUCAGGGCCUUUAUAACAAAAAGCCAAUGAGAAAAGUCUGAAGGAAGAGAAUCGUCAACAAACGAUGGCUAUACAACAAGAAUAAAUACAUCACAUUUUUCAGACAAACUCCAAUUUCACAGUGAAAAUAAAAACAAUGACAAGCUCCGAUCAAUCUCCAUCGCACGACGUCUUCGUCUACGGCAGUUUCCAAGAACCAGCCGUUGUUAAUUUAAUUCUCGAAUGUGCUCCGGUCAUGGUUUCCGCUCAACUCCACGGCUAUCACUUGUAUAGACUUAAAGGUCGUUUGCAUCCAUGUAUUUCUCCUUCCGACAAUGGAUUAAUCAAUGGCAAGAUACUAACUGGAUUAACAGAUUCUCAGUUAGAGAGUUUAGAUAUGAUUGAAGGAACUGAAUAUGUGAGGAAGACUGUUGAAGUUGUUUUGACUGAUACUUUGGAGAAGAAGCAAGUUGAAACAAUUGUAUGGGCAAACAAGGAUGAUCCUAAUAUGUAUGGAGAAUGGGAUUUCGAGGUUUGAUAAUCUUCUUUCUUGAUUUUCAUGAAGAAGUUUUGUGUGUGUUUUAGGUUUGUUUUGGUGAAAUGUGUGUGUGGAUUUUGGUAGGAAUGGAAGAGGCUUCAUAUGGAGAAAUUUAUAGAGGCGGCGACGAAAUUCAUGGAGUGGAAGAAGAAUCCGAAUGGGAGAAGUAGGGAAGAGUUUGAGAAGUUUGUACAAGAUGAUUCUUCUCCGGCUUCGGCUUGAAGAAGUUGUUUGCGUUUUAUCUAUCUUUUAUGUCUUCUUGUUUCAUAUAUCAAGGUGCUGCUAAUAAAAGGGUCUUUACUUUCAAAGACAAAAUAAGAAAGGCUUUGUUUUUGAGUAUUUGAGAAUAAUGCAUUUUAUGUUUGGUGCAUUUUGUCUUCUUAAGAACAAGUUUGAUUUUAGUCCAAAAGAAGUUUUAUUGGUUUGAAAAUACGAGAAAAGUAGGUGUACCAAUUUUUUAUGUUAACUAAA